AUGUACUCGCAGACGCACCGGCUCUCGAUGGAGUCCAAGGCAUCCGCAUCCGCGGUACCGCUGGCCGCAUCGACUAUGCCAGUCGCCAAGCGAACAAAGCUCGAGGUUACGCAGCGGAACCCGAUCCAUAUUUCAAGGGAUGUGGCAGACGCCUACGGCACAGUGAACCCGCUCUCGGCGCACCUCUACAGCGACGGUAUCAGCAGCGGCGCUCAGAUUGGGGUACCGAAUCGCCUAACGCAGUGUCAGCCACCUGCUGCCAGCUUCGUGCCUCACCCGCCCACUGAGCCGGCGGCAACCACAGCUGCCAAGGCGGACCCCGCCGCCUUCACAUGCCGCCGUGGCGAGACGCACAUGGUUAAUUCACUUCAGGUGUUCAACCCACCGAGCAACACCGACGUGGAGCUAAAGGAGAUGUUCGCCGCUUCCGCUAAGCCCAAGUCCAUCUCGUCACGACCCCUUCGUGGCACAGCGGCGGCGCCACCGGCAAAGCUCGCUCCGCUGACGCCGGAGCGAGUGAGUGCCGUUGGUGGCAACACCGGCGCCGCGACGACGGCCUUGUCCGAUAUCUCUCAAGAUACGAGCACUACAGAGGCCGCGGCAGCGCAAGCGCUGGCCACAAUCCCACUCUUUCACAAGUCCACCUCAAACUCUCCCAACGAGUUCGUGUACUUGGUGAUGCGCCCCCGUGGCAUGCGCGACCCGCUGAACCCAUACGACUUGCAGCCGAUGGCCCGCACCGAGGCACAGGACCACAAUUAUUACACCGUCUCUGCCGCCGGCGUGACGCACUUUACCAAGGGUGGCGCGGAGUUCAUUGAGCUGCCCAAGUGGGAGCGCGAGUGUCGCAUCUUCCACGCCAUCCGCAAACUAUUCGUGUUUAGCGAGUACAAGCGCUGGCGCAACUUUGUGCUGUGGCGCAACCUCGUACGUCGCAGUGCAACGGCAAACACUCGGCAGUACCUCUCCGCACACCUGUUUGCCGCCCACCCGGGCCUGUCGGGGGCACUGCAGGCGGUGCGCAACAUCUGCUUGGAAGCCGUUGUCGCCGAGGACCUUUACCAGCCCAGCACAGAGACCAGCACGCUCGACGCGUACACAAUGGCGUUGCAGACGCACUUGCAAGAGGAGCGACGCCGGCUGGAGAGCAUGAUGAAGCGCAUUCGAGAUUACAUCGAGCAGGCAUGCAAGACUACCAUGUUCACCUGGCAGCUUGAGCGUGAGCGGCAGAAGCUGCUCUACGAAGACGCGGAUCAGCAGAAGCGGAAGGUGAUCGACGUGCGGGAGCUGGGCACACAAGAACAGCCGUCGUACAUCGAGCUGACGCAGCGCAAGGCAAUGUGCCGGCGCCUCACUGCCUUCAUCAAGCUGUGCGACUACCUCGUUGUGGAGUGCCUCACUGGGCUGGCCGCCAAGGCUGUGUCGCACGUGCGACGCGACCUGGGGAUGUCGAACACUGUUCCGGUGAGCACGCAGACUGCGGCGGCGAAGACUCGCCGCGGCGGCGGUACGGCCACCGUUGCCACGACCGGCGUCUUCACCGGCCCGCUCUGGAACGUCGAGGUGGUGUACAAUGCCAACCAGCAGGCGAUCGAGCUUGUGCCAUCCGCGGGGCAGAUUCGCGAGGCCAUCGAGGACACGCUUCAGGACUACGUGCGCGCUGUCGGGGUCAUUCCACGGCUGACGUCGCUCACCACGUUCCUCGUCUACACCAGUAAUGCGCAGGAUGAGUUGGGAAACGACACGGUCGGCGCGGGACCGGAUGUGGCGGAUAUGGUGAUGGUCGAAGAGGGCUACAAGCAGGACGUGGCGGCCAUUCACACCUCCCUCGCCAACUCUUUCGCCAAGAUGCACCGCUACGCUCACACCUUCGAGGUGUUCAAGGAGAUGUACAUUAGCAAUAGCCAGCUGCGGGAGGAGGCACUGCUGGAGAGCAACGAGUCGCUUCACUACUUCCGCGAACAGCUCGCCACCUACAAGGCGCAGACAGAGUCCAUCUCGUCAAACAUUCCGAACUCUGCGGACAUUGGAAUGGUGAGAAUGUGGACAGAGGGGCUGCGCGACUGUUUCACGCCGAGCCCAGUGGCAUGCUUGGACAUCUUCCACAAGGCCCUCCCCAUCAUCGCUCGCCGACGCAACGAAAUUCUGCUCAAGAAGCUACAGGAGUGCACCACCUAUCUCACCGCGGCGCCCAAGACGAUUGAGCACUAUGUAGAGUACCUCGACUACUGCAACGCGUUGGGGAACUCCUUCGACGACAUCGCCUCCUCCUACGACGUGGUGCGCGAGCUGUUCGCCCUCCUGCAGGAGGAGAAGAUCGAUGUGAACGAGGAAGACGAGGAGACGUACCGCAGCGGCACCCGGCCGCAGUUCGACAAGCUGCGUACGCUCCUGCAGACGACUGAGGACAGCAAGGAGGCACAGCAGCGCUUCUUUAGUCGAUGUAUCGAGGAGGAGAUGGACCAGCUGCGCCGCCGCAUCGAGUCCGUGUACGACCGCGCGGGGCAGCCAAUCGUCAUGUCGGGUGAGGCCGACGUGGCAGAGGCAAACGCGUAUAUGCAGGCUCUCCUUGAAGAAGCAGAGGGCCUCGCCGCACGCGAGAAGAAGCUGCGCGAGUUUCAGAUCGAAAUCGGGGCCGAGGAGACCGUGGUAGAAGUCAUGGCAGAGAUGCUGCACGACGUGAGCAUCAAAGCAAAGUUGUGGGCCGGAAUCGGUGACUGGAACACCUUCACGGAGGCGACCCGUGCGCUCCCCUUUGAUCAGCUCGACGUGCCGGCGGUACAGGAGGUGGUGCAGAGGUACUCGUCACUGGUGAAGCAGGUGUCUUCAAAACUGGCAAGCAACGCGGUGGUGCCGCGGCUGAAAAGCAGCGUGGAGGAGUGGCGCCAACUGCUGCCGGUCCUGCAGGCGCUCACGAGCCCCUCCCUCAAGUCGGAGCAUCACACAAAGAUCUCCCUGAUUGUCGGACCCGUCGCGGACGCCACUGGCAGCGCAUCGAAGACGCUCAGCGAAUGGGCAAACCAGUUCACAGUUGGGAUGCUACUGCAGCACCACAUCCUCAAGUACCGAGACGAGGUGCUUGCUGUGAGCGCCUCAGCCACCGAGGAGGACAAGCUGCAGAGACAAAUCGACCGGGUGAAUGCGAUGUGGAACGGCGGGGGGCCAAAGCCGCCCGCAGAGUUCCAGUUCCACGCACACAAGGGUAGCAAAGACGUCUUCACACUCGUCGGUGCCUCGGUCGAGGACGUGACGACGCUGCUGGAUGACUCUGCCGUCGCCAUCUCGACCAUUGGCAGCAGCAAGCACUGCCAAGGUGUGCUGCGGUCGCAGGUGGAGCGGUGGGAGAACCGUCUCAAGUACAUGCUGGAGACGCUGGAGAAGUGGGUGGAGCUGCAGCGCAACUGGAUCUACCUCGAGAACAUAUUCUCAUCCGUGGAAAUACGUAGUCAGUGGAAGGACGACGCGCAGCGCUUCGAGAAGGUUGACCGCUUCUACCGCGAUCUGAUGCGCAAGGCCCACGACCUGCCAACCGCCUACCGCAGCCUCCUCAUCAACCCACCGACCUUCGACACCGCCGCCGCCGCCGGUGGUGGUGGCCGAACGCUGAAGCACGACCUCGAAGCGUACAUCAAAGAGCUCGAGAAGGUACUGAUCAGCUUGGAGAAGAAGUUAGAGGAGAAGCGACGCGCCUUCCCACGCUUUUACUUCCUCAGCAACGACGACCUACUCGACUUGCUGGCCAAGGCCAAGACACCGGAGCUGAUGAUGCCGCAUAUGCUGAAGAUGUUCGACGGCAUCAAGUCCCUCACACUGUCGGCGCAGAACGACAUCACCCACAUGAACUCCAUGGAGGGAGAGCAGGUGGAGCUGGGCCAUCAGGGCAUCAAGGCGCGUGGCCCAGUGGAAUCCUGGAUGGACUUACUGGAGCGCGAGAUGUUCUCGACGCUACGGCACCGAGCCCAGCGCUGUCUCGAAGACUACGAAGCCUGUCAGGACCGCACGGAUUGGAUGUUUCAACACCCAGUGCAGCUCGUGCUGAUCGUGGAGCAGCUGCUGUGGACGCGUAGCGUCGAGGAGGCGCUAGGCAAGACGGACUCCCCGCAGCUCAUGCUCCGCUUGCGUGACGAGCAGCGCCGCAACCUCGAAGUGCUGGCUGAGCUGACAGCGCGCAACCUCUCCAAGGUGCAGCGUGUUCUUCUCUCGACUAUUAUCACGAUUGACGUACACGGCCGCGACCUUGUCGAAGAGAUGUGUGACAGUGGCGUCGCUGAGUUGAUCGAUUUUGGCUGGACGAAGCAACUGCGCGUGUACUGGGAAAAGGACGCGGACGGUAACGGCACCGUCUUCAUCCGCCAGAACAAUUCCCGGUUCGUCUACGGCUACGAGUAUCUCGGCGCACAGGGGCGUCUCGUCAUCACUCCGCUAACGGACCGCAUCUACAUGACCGUGACAGGUGCCUUGAAGUUGCAUCUUGGCGCCUCCCCUGCCGGGCCGGCCGGCACUGGCAAGACGGAGACAGUGAAGGACCUGGCGAAGAACCUGGCGCGGCAGUGCAUCGUGUACAACUGCUCUGACGGCGUCACGUACAAAAUGAUGGAGAAGUUCUUCUCGGGCCUCAUCCAGACCGGCGCGUGGGCCUGUCUCGACGAGUUCAACCGUAUCAACAUCGAGGUGCUCUCCGUCAUCGCAUCCCAGCUGCUGGAGAUCAAGCUGGCGCUGCAGAACGCGCAGGAGACCUUCACGUUCCAGGGCACGCCCAAUGUGCGGGUGCGGCCGACGUACGGCGCCUUCGUCACCAUGAACCCCGGCUACGCGGGACGCACGGAGCUGCCAGACAACUUGAAGAUCCUGUUCCGCCCUGUGGCGGUCAUGACGCCGGACUUCCGCAUGAUUGCGGAGGUGAUCCUCUACUCGGAGGGCUUCAAAAACGCCCACGACUUGUCACUAAAAAUCACGCAGCUCUACAAGCUCAGCUCAGAGCAGUUGUCGCCGCAGGACCACUACGACUUUGGUAUGCGGGCACUGAAGUCGAUCCUCGUCAUGGCCGGUGACCUCAAGCGCUCGCAGCCUGACGUGGAGGAGGACCUCACGCUGAUUGUAGCGUGUAAUGACUCGAACGUGCCCAAGUUUGUCGCGGAGGACAUCCCGCUGUUUCGCGGCAUCAUGCAGGACCUAUUUCCAGGCGUGAGCUUUCCAGAGCGCGGGUAUCCGGAACUGCUGCCAGCGAUACAGCACAUCAUGGCCGAGAAGAAGCUGGUCGACGCCAGCCAGUGGGUGAAAAGGGGCAUCCAGUUCUACGAGACACUCAUUGUCCGGCACGGCGUGAUGCUCGUGGGCGUGACGGGAACAGGUAAGACGGAGGCGCGGCAGUGUAUCGCGGAGGCUCUGACAAGCCUCUCUGUGGCGGGGAGCGCAAACAAGAUGGCGCGCCCUGUCACUGAAUUUGUGAUCAACCCCAAGUCGGUGAUGUUGCACGAGCUGUAUGGACAGCUGGACGUGAACACAAACGAAUGGAAGGAUGGUGUACUCGCUGCCAUCGCGAAGGAGUGCGUGCGGGCCUCCGAGGUCUCGUCUGAUCACCGGUGGAUGGUCUUUGAUGGCCCGGUGGAUACGCUUUGGAUCGAGUCGCUGAACUCGGUAUUAGACGACAGCAAACUGCUCUGUCUCGACAGCGGCGAGCGCAUCAAGCUGCCCGACACGAUUCACAUGUUGUUCGAAGUUGCGGAUUUGGCAGUUGCCUCGCCGGCAACGGUGUCACGGUGCGGCAUGGUGUACGUAGACGCUGAUGACUUGCCGUGGAACACGGUGGCAUGCAAGUGGAGUGAGACAACGCUCGCUGCCACCGGCGCGCAGCCGCAGUGCCGCGCCUACAUCCUCUCCCUCUUCGACGCCUACGUAGAAAAAGGGCUUGACUGGCUGAAGCAGCUACCCGCGUCGGCCAGUCUGAUGAGCGCUGGCGACAUCAACGUUGUGCAGUCCCUGUGUGACCUCUUCACGGCGCUUGUGCAAGUGAACAAGGUGCGGUUUAUGGCAGACCCGGGCGGUGAGGUGCCGCCGCCGCCGGACGACCCGAUGUUUCGCGAGCGCAACGAAAUCUGCAACGCCAUCUUUGCCUUUUCAUUUGUGUGGUCUGUCGGUGGAAACGUUGACCACGCUGCGAUGGAGAGCUUCGACACGAUGGCGCGCACGCUGCUCGAGUCGGCUGCGCGCUUCCCCAACUACGGCAGUGUGUACGACUACACCAUCAACUUCUCGACGCGACUGCUUGUGCCGUGGGAGGCGCUGGUGCCCGAGUUCACCUACAACCCAGCCACGCCGUACUUUAACAUCCUUGUGCCGACUGUGGACACGGUGCGCUACAGCACGAUCGCGCAGACGCUGCUUCAGUGCAAGAAGCCUGUCCUUUUCAAUGGCCAAACCGGCGUCGGUAAGACGUUCAUCAUGGCGGACUGCCUCCAGCGCAACAAGGAGUUACUGCAGCUCUCGCUCGUCACCUUCCAGUUCAGCGCGCAGACGUCGUCGGAGCGGACGCAGGAGCUCAUCGAGGCGAAGCUGAAGCUAAAGCGCAAGAACGUGCUUGGCGCCUCUCCGGGCAAGUCCGUCGUUCUCUUUGUUGACGAUCUGAACAUGCCAGCCGUGGAGGUGUUUGGCGCGUCGCCGCCUAUCGAGCUACUGCGACAACUGAUGGGCCAGGGUGGCUUCUACGACCGCAAGUUCGCUGGCAUAUGGAAGACGGUGCAGGACGUCACGGUCGUGUCGGCCUGUGGCCCGCCCUCGGGUGGGCGCAACCCCAUCACUCCUCGCCUCACGCGUUUAUUUCACCUGCUCCAGGUGGCAACCCUCACGGACGACUCCAUGAAGCGCAUCUUCGGCUCAAUUCUCAGCGGCUUUAUCGAGGCAAAGAACUUCUCACACGAAGUGAAGAACGUGGCGCCGUCGCUCGUCAUGGCCACUGUCGACGUCUUCAACAUGAUCCGUGACGCCCUGAGACCGCGGCCAACCACGCCGCACUACACAUUCAACCUGCGCGACCUCUCGAAGGUGUUUCAGGGCAUGACGCAGGUGAUUCCGCGCGUCUGCCGCGACGCUGCGACCUUUGUGCGGCUGUGGAUACACGAAGUAAUGCGGUGCUUCUACGACCGACUCGCCACAGUGCAGGAUCGGCGCUACUUCGUGGACAACAUCCUCGCGGAGACAGCGUCGCGCGUACUUCCCGGCGCAGCGGAGAGUCUGAUCGCGUCGCCGGCGCUGUGGGCAGAUUUCACCCGCUUCGGAUCAGUUGAGAAAGUUUAUGAGGAAGUGCCGGAGGUACAGCGGCUGGCGCAGGUGCUCGAGGAGUACCAGGACGAUUACAACGCCACAGAGGCAACCGUCAGGCCAGACGACGCGAGCGGCAGCUCGACAACUGUGCAGGCGUCGCAGCUGGGCCUCGUCUUCUUCAAGGAUCACUGCGAACACAUCGCCCGCAUUAUCCGCAUUCUGCGACAGCCGCGCGGCAACGUGCUACUGGUCGGCGUUGGCGGCUCUGGCAAGCGCUCCCUUACAAGGCUUGCCUCCUUCAUCAGCGGCUGCCGCAUCUUCGAGACGUCUGUUGGCAAGGGCUACAGCAUGAACGACUUCCACGAGUUCCUGCUGGAGGUGUACACGUACGCUGGAGUGAAGAACGAACCAUGCGUGUUGCUGUUGUCCGACAACCAAAUCGUUGACGAGGCAAUGCUGGAGGACGUGAACAACACUCUCAACUCCGGAGAGGUACCGUCGCUCUUUAGCGCCGAGGAGCGUGAGAAGCGCGUCAAUGCCUGCAUCGAGGCAGCCCAGCAGCACGGCAUCACCAGCAGAGAGGACAUCUACGGCUUCUUCAUCAACCGUGUGCGUGACAACAUGCACGUGGCGCUGUGCAUGAGUCCAGUAGGCGACCAGUUCCGUACCCGCUGUCGCCAGUUCCCGUCGUUGACGAACUGCUGCUCCGUCGACUGGUUCGACGAGUGGCCGCAAGAAGCCCUGGAGGGGGUGGCGAGGCGCAUGCUGCAGGAGACAACAGACGCGAUGCCUGCAAGUUUCCACGAGAAGCUGCCGCAGCUCUGCGUCCAUGUACACGCGGCGACGAUUGAGAUGGCACAGCAGUACUACGAUGAGCUGCGCCGGCGCUACUACAUUACCCCAACCUCCUACCUGGAGUUUAUCGAGACGUACAAGGCGCUCCUGCAAAGUCAGCGCAGUCGGGUGGAGACGCAGCUCGCCCAGGUCGAGAACGGUACGGAGAAGAUGCGCGAAACCGAGGAAACAAUCACGAAGAUGAAAGCCGAAAUUGAGGUGAGGCGACCGCAGCUAGAGAAGGCGUCCGCGGAGACGCAGGCAGUUGUGGCGGACUUGAAGGUGCGGCAAGCCAAGGCAGCGGAGGUGCAGGUGCAGGUGCGGGCGCAGCAGGAGAGCGCGGCAGUGCAGCAGUACGACGCGUCGCAGAUCGCGGCGGAGGCCAACGCACGCCUGGCGGAGGCGAAGCCUAUCAUCGACAAGGCAAAAGCGGCGCUCGACACGAUUCAAGCCAGCGACCUCAACGAGCUCCGCUCCUUCGCCAACCCACCCUCGGCAGUGCUGAAAACGACGCAAGCGUGCAUGACCAUGUUUGAGGCGAAGGACUUCAACGGCGCAUGGUCUGGCAGCACGGACUGGAAAGGCGCGCGCGAGUUCCUGUCGCACCGCUCGCUGCUGGACAUGAUCCGCGGGUACCCCACCGACAACGUGAAGCCGGCAAUUCUGCAGAAAGUGCAGAAGUACAUCAACGACCCCGAGUUCACGGUCGAGGUGUGCUCGUCGAAGGGCUCGCAGACGUGCGGGUCCCUGUGUGCGUGGGUGCACGCCGUCAACGAGUACUCCAAGGUGGUGAAGGAAGUGGCACCGAUGCGGCAAGCCGCGGCCGAUGCGGAACAACACUUGGCAGAGACAAAUACGAAGCUGCACGUCGCACAGCAGCAGCUGAAGGAGGUGGAGAAAGAGCUGUCGGACCUCGAGCAGCGCUACCAAAGCAGCGUCGAAAAGAAGAACGACCUGGAAAGGGGGCUGCAGCUGUGCGUCAACCGCCUGCGCAACGCAGAGACACUGUCCAGCUCCCUCAGGAGCGAAGGGGCCCGCUGGACAGAGAAUAUCAAGCUACUCAGGGCUCAGCUGGCCGCGCUCCCACUGCAGGUAUUCAUGGCGAGCGCGGCGGUCGCCUACUUUGGCGCCUUCACCCCGGCGUUCCGUCAGCGGCUCAUUGCGCAGUGGACGACGCAGCUGACGGAGCACGGGUGUGAGAUAGACAACUUCUCCUUGACCGCCGUCCUCGGCGACCCGGUUGACACGCUGAACUGGCAGGUGAACGGUCUGCCAAGCGACGAGACGUCCACCGAGAAUGCUAUUGUGGCAAUGCUGUCGACGGCUCCGCGCCGCUGGCCGCUCUUCAUUGACCCACAGGAACAGGCCGUUAAGUGGCUACUGCGGCAGUUCCAGCAGACCCAGGCAGCGAGUGGGUCGGGUGCAGCAGCGUCAAAGAACCGAAACAUCCUGCGGGUAAUCAGGCUCACAGAUCCGACGUGGAUGCGCACCCUCGAGUCGCAGAUCCGACUCGGCGGCGUUGUCAUCAUUGACGACAUUGGUGAGUCGCUGGACCCAGCGUUGGAGCCGCUCAUCGCGCGGCGUGUCUUGGCGGCUGACAGUGGCGGCCUGCAGAUUCAGCUCACUCCGCAGUCUGGACCGAUCGAUUACCACCCCAACUUCCGGCUGCUCCUGUGUAGCAAGCUGCCGAACCCGGUGUACUUGCCGGACAUUAGCACCCGUGUCACGCUGCUCAACUUCACAGUCACAAUGGAGGGGCUGUCGGAGCAGAUGCUUGGUGAGGUCGUCUCUAUCGAGCAGCGCUCCAUGGAGGAGGAGAAGAACUCCAUAAUCCAGCGCAUCGCUCAGGGCCAGCGCCGCCUCAAAACAAUCGAGGAGAGCAUCCUGGAGCGCUUGCAGAGCACCAAAGGCAACAUCCUCGACGACGAAGAUCUUAUUCACGAGCUGCAGGCCGCGCAAUCUAGUGCGGAGGUGAUCAGUCGCAGUCAGGCUGAGGCGAGCGAGAAGAUGCUGACCAUCUCGAUAGCCCGCGAACGCUACCGCAACGUUGCCGUGAGGGCUGCGUUGCUCUUCUUUGUGCUAGCUGACGUGGGCCGCAUGGACCCAAUGUACCAGUACUCACUGCAGUACUUUGUAAAGCUGGUGCAGCACGAGGUGGAAGGCACCACAAAGCCGCCCGGGUACACGGAGGCAGACCCGGCCAUGCUGGAAGAUCACCUUCACGCUACAAUCAGCAACCUCACAAGCGCCACAUACACGCAGAUCUGCCGCGGUCUCUUCAACAAGGACAAGAUCAUUCUGUCGCUGCUCAUAGCUACGGCGAUCGCCCGGCAUGACGGCGUGAUCGCAGAGGAGGAGUGGCAGUACUUCGUGCGCGCCACUGCCUUCGUCGCCUCAGAGCUGCCAGAGCAGUCGUCAUCCACCGCUUCGUGGAUGAGCCGCGUUCAGUGGGAGCUGGCCGAGGCACUCAGCCGCACCGUGCCUGCGUUUCACAAUUUCGUCUCCACUCUGGAGGCGGAGUCGGAGGCGUGGCGGGAGUACGCACAGUCCGACUUACCCCACACGGCCACCCUGCCAGGCGACUGGCAGUCGCGUCUGCAUCUCUUCCAGCGUGUGCUACUGAUCCGGUGCCUCCGAGAGGAAAAACUUUUCUUUGCGCUUUCCAACUACGUGUAUCAGACGAUGGGGGCAGAGUUCACUGAGAUGCCUCCCAUGGACCUCACCCGCACCCUCAGGGAUAGCACCGCGCACACGCCGAUCGUCUUCAUCCUCUCUCAAGGCGCGGACCCGAUGGAGGCCCUACAGUCCCUCGCCAAGGCCGAGGAGCAGGAGGUGCAGUACGUCAGCCUGGGUCAAGGUCAGAGCGAGAAUGCGAAGCGCCUCAUCGCCACGUGCCGCAAGUCCGGUUCGUGGGCGCUGCUGCAGAAUUGCCACCUCUCGCAAACAUUCAUGCCAGACCUCUCGGCGAUCGUUGCAAAUCUGCAGCCCGGGGCUGCCGGGGCGUCCGAGACGCACAACGACUUUCGCCUUUGGCUUACGUCGAUGCCCACCGACUUUUUCCCGGUAUUUGUGCUGCAGUCGAGCGUCAAGCUGACAAACGAGCCGCCGACCGGGCUACGGGCAAACAUGUUGCGCUGCUUUAGCGAGCUGACCCCACAGGAGUACGAGGCCUUUGACGACGAGGCCAUCAGCGGCAAGGGAUUAAAGGGGCGCGCCUUCAAGAAGCUGCUCUACGGCCUGUGCUUCUUCCACUCCGUCGUUCUCGAGCGGCGCAAGUUCGGCCCUCUCGGGUGGAAUGUCAAGUACGAGUGGAAUGACACCGACUUUCAUGUGUCGAAGGAGUGGCUGCGGCUGUUCUUUGAGGAGCAGGAGACAAUUCCAUGGGAAUCGCUUGAGUACAUCAUUGGGCAGAUCAACUACGGCGGCCGUGUCACUGACCCGCAGGACCGCGGCACACUGCUCACAAUUCUGCGCAACUACCUCUGCCCCCGCAUCCUCGAGGAGGGCCACUGUUUCUGCAAAGAAGGGCAGUACGUUGUCCCCUCGAGCGGCACGCUGGCCGAGGCGCAGGAACACAUCCAAGCCAUGCCCCUCGUCGAUGAGCCUGCCGUCUUUGGCAUGCACGACAACGCCAACCUGCGUUACCAACUGCAGACGAGCGAGUACCUACUGACGAAGAUCGUGUCCAUCCAGCCGCGCCUGGUCGGGUCCGCGGGCAGCUCCGGCGCAACGCCGGAAGGAGAGGUGCGCCGCAAGUGCCAAGAGCUCGAGGCGACGUUGCCAGCACCACUGACGCGGGAGGAGGCCGGACCCCGUACCUUCACGACGCUCGCGAACGGACUGCCGAACUCCAUGUCGACGGUGUUGGCGCACGAGCUGGUCAAGUACAACAAGCUACUGGACAAAAUGCGCCAGACACUUUCUGACAUGCAAAAAGCGCUGCUCGGACUGACAGUCCUCUCUGCCGACCUCGACGCCAUGUACAGCUCCUUCCUUGCGGAUCAGGUGCCAACGCUCUGGACGGCGGUGUCGUACGCCUCGCUAAAGCCGCUUGGGGCGUGGUACCGUGACCUGCUCGCCCGUGUGCAGUUUAUCCGGUCGUGGUUGCAGAAGGGAGAGCCAGCAGCCUUCUGGAUCGGCAGCUUCUUCAAUCCGAGCGCCUUCAUGACAGGCGUGUAUCAGGCCUUUGCGCGUGCGGAGGGAGUGUCAGUGGACAAGCUUGGCUUCGGUUACGAAGUUCUGGACAUGGAACCAGAAGCGAUCACGUCAGGGCCGGUGCGCGGGUGCUAUGUGUACGGCAUUCACACGGACGCGUGGCGUUGGGACUCCGAAAGGCGAGUAAUGGCCGAUUCCUUUCCGGGAGAGCCCUACGCUGUGCUGCCGCCUGUGCACUUCCUGCCGGAGCCCUCGCACGUGAAGCCGGCCGACUUUCACGCCGUUCCCCUGUACCGCACGACGAUACGCGCAGGUGUCAUCUCGUCUUUGGGUGCCAGCUCCAACUACGUCCUCUCCAUCGAGGUGCCGUCGGCGGAUGGCUCCAACUACUGGCUGCUGAAGGGCUCCGCCUGCGCGUGCGCGCUAAAUCAAUAG